CCCAUUCCCUCUCCUUCUCCACCUCUCUCUCUCUCUCUCUCUCUCUCUCUAUACACAUACAAACACACACGCACUCUCUUACAAAUUAAGAUGCCAGAAGCGCCCAAGACCGCGCAACCUCCGGUUGCAACCGACGUGCCCGAGGAGCACAGGAAGGCACUGGAGUUCAUCGAUGACGUGACAGCGAAUGCUGAUGAGGUGCAACGCAGCGUUCUUGCGGAGAUACUAACGCAGAACGCAGCGGCGGAGUACCUGCACCGGCACGGCCUGAAGGCCUCGGCAGCCCCCGACGCCGACGCCUUCAAGCGGCUCGUGCCCGUCGUGACCUACGAGGAUCUCCAGCCCGAUAUCCUCCGCAUCGCCCACGGCGACUCCUCCCCGAUCCUCUCUGGCCGCCCCAUCUCCGAAUUCCUCACUAGUUCGGGAACGUCGGGCGGGGAGCGAAAGCUGAUGCCGACGAUCGCGGAUGAGCUGGACCGGCGGUCGAUGCUGUACGGGCUCCUGAUGCCGGUGAUGAGCCGCUCCGUGGCGGGCCUCGACAAGGGCAAAGGGAUGUACCUCCUCUUCGUGAAGUCGGAAUCGCGCACCCCCGGCGGGCUCCCGGCGCGCCCGGUCCUCACCAGCUACUACAAGAGCCGCCACUUCCUCGACCGCCCUUACGACCCCUACAACGUCUACACGAGCCCGAACGAGGCGGUGCUCUGCGCCGACUCCUACCAGAGCAUGUACGCGCAGCUCCUGUGCGGCCUCAUCCACCGCGACGACGUCGUCCGCGUCGGCGCCGUCUUCGCGUCCGGCUUCAUCCGCGCCAUCCGGUUUCUGGAGAAGCAUUGGCCGAGAAUGUGCCGCGACGUCCGCACCGGAAUUCUCGAUCCGGAGAUCACCGACCGCGCCGUCCGGGAGGCCGUCGGGAGGGUCCUCCGGCCCGACGGGGAGCUCGCAGACGUCAUCGAAUCGGAGUGCGGGAAACGGUCGUGGGACGGGAUCAUACGGCGGCUGUGGCCGAACACCAAGUACAUCGACGUGAUCGUGACCGGGACGAUGGCGCAGUACAUCCCGACGCUCGAGUCCUACGGCGGCGGCCUCCCGCUGACGUGCACCAUGUACGCCUCGUCCGAGUGCUACUUCGGGCUCAACCUGAACCCAAUGUGCAAGCCCAGCGAGGUCGCCUACACGUUGAUCCCCUCCAUGGGCUACUUCGAGUUCUUGCCCGUUAGAAAUUACGGCAACGGACCCGCCAACGCCGCCGCCGUCGAUCACCGCGACUUGGUCGACCUCGUCGACGUCAAGCUCGGCCAAGAGUACGAGCUCGUCGUCACCACUUACGCGGGUUUGUAUAGGUAUAGAGUGGGGGACGUGCUGAGGGUGGCGGGGUUCAAGAACAAGGCGCCGCAGUUCAAGUUCGUGCGGCGGAAGAACGUGGCGCUGAGCAUCGACGCGGACAAGACGGACGAGGUGGAGCUGCAGGCGGCGGUGCAGAAGGCGGUGGGGCACCUGGAGCCGUUCGGCGCGUCGCUGGUGGAGUACACGAGCUACGCGGACGCGGCGAGCAUCCCGGGCCACUACGUGCUGUUCUGGGAGCUGAGGGCGGGGCCGGCGGCGCCGGUGCCGCCGCCGUCGGUGUUCGAGGACUGCUGCCUGGCGGUGGAGGAGGCGCUGAACAGUGUGUACCGGCAGGGGCGGGCGUGCGACCGGUCGAUCGGGCCGCUCGAGAUCCGCGUCGUCGAGGAGGGGACCUUCGACAAGCUCAUGGACUACGCGCUGAGCCAGGGCGCCUCGAUAAACCAGUACAAGGCGCCGCGGUGCGUGCGCCCGGGGCCCCUCGUCGAGCUCCUCGACGCCCGGGUGCGCUCCAAGUUCUUCAGCCCCAAGUGCCCCAAAUGGGUCCCCGGCCACAAGACGUGGAGCAGCAACGACGAUUAAUUAACGCAAUGCAAAUGCAAAUGCAAAUGCAAAAGCAAAUGCUCUACUGAUGAUUAAUUAAGUUGCGUGCUGCUAAAUUUAAAGGGCCGGUCUAAUUGUAAUGUGUCGUCGUGAUCCUUUCGUGAUCAUCUCGCACUUGCUCAAGGAGAGGGAGUGAUUGGUGUCUUCUUUACUCUCUUUUUUUUUUCCCCCUACCUUUUGUUUUGUUUUGUUUUUUUUGUAUUUUCGUCUUUUUCUUCCUUUUUUUUUUUUGGUUAAUUAGAUCGAUGUUUGUUAAGUUUUAGAGUCCAUGAAAAUCGUGUACAAACAGUUCCUUUCAAGGGAGUUUGUUUUCUAGUCUUUCUAGAAUUUCCAAUAUAUAUUGUGGUUCUUUCUUUUA